AUGGGGCACGAGGGUGGAAAGGGUGCCAGUGGUAUGGGCCGCAACGGGUACAGGCGCGAUUACCGAUCAGACCGCGGCGGGUAUGCUGAUAGCAACAGCAACAGCAGCGCGGAGAAUUCCAUGUCCAAGGCCCUAGCGGGGCGGCUGACCUGCGCAGAGCUGGCAGCAUUUCUGGUCCCUGCGAUGUCGAGGCUGCUGAAGACGGGCGCCUACAAUAGCAAGCCUGGUCGCAUCAACGAGGACACCGUUGCCCCUCAGAGCACCAUCGUCGACCUGGAGAAGCGGCUCGACAACGUGAAGCACGACUUCGCACAGCAGCUGGAAAAGAUCGGUGGGAAGGAGACAGAGAAGUUCGAUCUCAUCUUCGCCAUCCUGACAGAUCUCCAGUCUCAGCAGGCGCAGCUAGAGGAGUCCGUGAGGACUCUCAAGAAGGAGCUGUGUGGUCCUCAACAAGCAGGCGCCAACGCGACCGGCUCCAACAUGCCACCUCAGUUGCAGGGCCAGUUCAACGGGAACAUGGGCAACCCCGGGCAAUUCAGGAGCUCCGCGCGCUUUCCGGCUAUAUUGAACACCGGGUGA